CUUCCCCGCCCCCUCCACAACCGCCGCCGCCCUGGUGCCGGCGCACCUUUCGCCGCCGGCCACCCCAGCCCCAUCGCCGCCUCCGACCCCGACGCGCCUCCCGCCGCCAGCCGCCCCAACACCCAUGUUUCCCACCGGCCCACCCCACAGGCCGCCGCCCUCCUCCAAUCGCGCCUUCGGCUGCCCCCUCCUCCAAUCGCGCUGUGUGCCGCCCCCACUUCCAACUGCGCCGCUGCUGGCCCCUACCACCACCGGUGCUACGGCCAGGCCAGGCCCAAUCUUCAACCACGCCGCUGUCGAGGCCCGACUUCCAAACGCGUCAGCGCCGGGCCCCUACCUCCACUCACGCUGCCACCGAGCCCUGACAAGCGGCCCUCCGGCUAACCACCGCUUCCCCUCCCGCCGCACGCGCCCUUCGGCCAACUACAGCCUCCCCACCCCGUCCCGCUCGUCUCCCGACCAACCAUCGCCUCCCCAUCCCUCUGACCUCGACCUGCAACUGGUGGUGGUCUCGACCUGUAGCUGGUCCGUGCUGAUAGGGAUCAUCUUCUCUUGCAGAGAUCCAUCGACGUUCCUUGCUGAUGGCUGCCCGAGCUAUGAGAAUAAUCGGCCUCCAACCGCCUCGGCCGCUCACCAACACGCCCACCUGCAGUUCAGCACACAGCCUCCUCCCAGUGGGGCCCAUCACGCUCAGGUCGUUCGUCGCUGCCACCUCCGGCCGUUCAACUACGCAGCGCUAAGACGUUCAUCGCCAUCAGAAACAGCGACGAGCACGAAGACACCCCCUCAUGCUCAGUGCUCUGUCCGGCAUAACACAAGAAGUUCAUGUAAAACAGCUGCGAACAUUCAGAGAUUAGCUCGCCCCUCCUCCAUCGAUGGCCUACACCGGCCACUAGAACCCGUCCAGGUGCUGGCCGUCAUCCUCUAUCUUCAAUUACGAGUCAGCAACAACACUGCGAAUAGAAAGGGCCCUGUGAAGUUCAAUUUGUUUUGCUUUUCGAAGUUCAGUUUGUUGAUUUUCUGAAGUUUGGAUUGUUAAUUUUUUGAAGAGAAAGGUUGAUUCACUUGCACUCCUCUAUCUAGUCCUGUGUGGUGAUAUCCUCGACUCCUCGGUUCGGAGCUAGCAGCGGUUCUUCAACUUCCCUGCUGCGUUGUCGCGAUUGUUGGUAAAUAAUCCUUGUUCUACUAUUGCCUUGUAGUAAUGCUGGAUGGGUUCCCCCUUGUUUUGGAACCAUAAUAAUACAAGUUUGUCUCUACGCUCCUGUUCCUGUGAUUACAAUAGCAGAGAAAAGUACGAAGGGUCAGAGCCAAACCAGAGUGAACCAUACCAAUCAGAACAUGGUCAUUUGGAACCAACUCUAAUCGUUUGUUCAUCUAACUGCAGCAGAGAAAAUUUUUAUACUUUGUUCAUCUACGGUGCCAAGUUGAGCGGACACUGUAGCACUCGAGAAGAUGGGGAGAGGAUGUGUGGUGAAGAGAAAACAUAGGGUUUCAAAAUUGUCCAUUGGUGGUAGCAUCUAAUCAUUUUAUCCAAAGUGUAAUGGACAUGUGUAUGUAUGUACAGUAGCAUAUUUUACUCGAAUCGAGUUAUUUUUUUAAUGCACGAAGUUUGUGCAGCCAAAAAAACAUGUAUUAAACUGGUUUUUGUGUAUUUUUCUAACCUUUUCUACACCUUUCUACGAGAUGUGCAAAUCCCAGGCCGUUCAUCUUUGUCA